AGCUGAGCAGUAGCAACGCUGAGAGUCGCAUGUCAAAAGAACAUGAAUGAAAGCGCAGAGAGUCAGUUGUCGGCGAAACACAGGCAAAGCAGAAUAACUUUAAAAGGCGGCGUUUUUUCAAUAUGCGCUGCCUGCCCGGUUUAGACUACUUUGGACUCGCCUUUCUCUUUGUGAGCACCGUUCGCAACGAGCAAAAGGAGCUCAACUUGUCCCCCGUUCAUCACUUAAAUGUGAGCCAUGCGACGGCCACUUUCGGCAUGGGCUGCUUUUGGGGCGCUGAAUCGUUGUAUGGCGCCACACGUGGCGUUCUGCGCACCACUGUCGGUUAUGCGGGCGGCAGCGCCGAAUUGCCAACGUACCGUAAAAUGGGUGAUCACACUGAGGUUCUGGAAAUUGACUAUGAUCCCACGGUGAUCAACUUCAAGGAGCUGCUGGAAUUGUUCUGGAACAAUCACGAAUAUGGCCUGACCAAGCCCAUCAAACGUCAAUAUGCCUCCCUCAUACUCUAUCACGAUGAGGAGCAGAAGAGAAUUGCUGCAGCCUCCAUGCUGGAAGAGCAAAAGCGUCGUAGUCCCGAGGUGAUUACCACGGACAUUGCGCCAAAGCUAAACUUCUAUGCAGCGGAAGACUACCAUCAAAAGUACAGACUGCAGGGUCACAAAGAUCUAGCUGCCUCUCUCAAUCUCAAUCCGCAGCUGCUGCAGUCAAGUUAUGUGGCCACAAAAUUGAAUGGUUAUCUAGCUGGAGUUGGGGGCAUCGAGCAGUUUAAAACGGAAGUGGAUACCCUCGGAUUGACGCCCACUCAGCGCGAGUACUGCAACUAUCACAUUGAGAAUAAUGAAGGUCAGGGUCUCUACUGCUGACCAUUCUUUAUAGACAUUAAGCGUAAAUCAUACACAUAAGGGGUGUAUAUAUUUACUACAACUAAUUUUAAUACUGUCCCGAUAUUUGUUCUUACAUUUCAUGUGCAAUAAAAUGUGUAUUACUUAGGUUUAGACUAAUACUAUGAUAAUAAAUAAAUAUGAUUAUUUUUAAAA